AUGGAACUGGCCUAUAGUUAUGUUAAGAAAUAUGCCUCUGCCAAGUAUCAUUCAUGUGCAGAUGAACCUCUUAAGAGUCAAGUUAAUGUGUUGCUGUCUCAGUGUCAGCAACAUAAUGACAAGCUGCAGAGUAGACCGCUUACAAAAAAAGGGGAGGGCACUAGUGUACUCACAAUUCAUGAAAAACUUACAUUGUGCCAGAUUCUGGGUGAGUCUAAUACACUGGAGUCACCCGUGUGCCUGUCUAAUAAAUUUGAGGCUAUUGUACAGAAAUACACUUUGACUGAUAAAGAUGCAUGCUCUCUUCUAAGGGCUUGGGUACCAGCACCUCUAGCAGCCCAGGUAUCUGCAUAUGAGAAUGACAACUUAGAUGCAGAGGGAAGGAUGAAAGAACUGCAGCGUGUGUUAAAGAGUCGUGAUGAUAGAGGGAUAAAUGCGUUACAAAGAAUGAGAUUUAGAAGAGGAGAUGACCCUAUAUUGUUCUGUAACCAAUAUCUUUCACUGUACAGAAGUGUGUAUAACUGCCCUGAUAUGUCUGCUGAUGAUUCAGGCUUCAUAUACUCAAUGGCCAAUAUAUGUUAUGUGAACUAUCCUAAUAGGAUUGCCCUCAGAAAUGCCAAUUUAUACCAGAGCUUUAUCAAUAUACUUAGAGACUGGUGUGAAGAAUCCAGUGAUGGUUAUAGAUCAGAUGCAGAUAUAUCAGUAGUGAGCAGAGGUACAAGAAGGAAGAAAUUCAUCAGGUGUUACAAAUGUCACAGACCAGGGCACAUUCAGAGAUUUUGUAGAACCCCCGAUAUUUUCAGCCUGAUACCGGAUGAUAAAAGUAUAUCCACCCAGGACAAGGAAAACAUACCACAGGCGCCUAAUGUAAUGGAUAACAGCCUUGGGGAGUCAGGAAAUGCUGAGGGGCAAAAGGAGGAGAUUACAGAUAACAAUGGCCCCCACCAGCCGAAUAGCCAGCAGCCAUGGGGGACGAGCAUACCAAUGUUUGCACCCUGGGCUAAUCUUCCAUUUUGGCUGGUAUGCAGAGCCACUAAAGGCAGCUUAGUCAUGCUGGCUUAA